GUGUAGUACCGGGUACCGUGAGUUCGGCAGCUAUGCCUUCUACAAGAUAGCAGGUAGUAACAUGGUCGACGUAGAUGGGAGACGCAGAUUCGGCGAAUUUUGACCUCGACAUGGAGAUUCUUUCGAUGUAUGUGGACACUUCAGACACCGAUGCUGAGGAAAGUAUAUAUCGCUUGCGCAUAGGCAGUCAAGUGAAGUAUGUCACCAUCAAACCGGGAACCUUCCCUAGUGAUGUGCUAUCCUUCCCUAUGGACUUGCUGCCCCUACUGCCACCUCUACCACCAGGCAAUUGGGUCCAGGCCCGCAUG